CUGAUCGCGUGAGCCGGUGUCGCUAAGAUGGCGAGCGGCGCGUAGCUGCAGCGGGGCUGAUGGCGCUGUGGCGGUGCAGUGUGUGUUGGUACAGUGUGUGUUUAGCGCUGUGUGUGCUGUGUGGAGAUAAACCGGUUGAGGACUGCGGCUGUAACACACCGCGCAGAGCUCAGGAGGACGCACACGCAGGACAUGUUGAAAGCCCGGGUCAUAAAUAUUCUGAAAGAGCGAAUAAAGAGUUUAUGAAUAUAGAGGACACACUGAGUAAGAUGGUUCUGCUGCAGGGAGGAUGGUUCCUGAUGGGAACAGAUGAUCCUGCUAACCCUCAGGAUGGAGAAGGUCCUCAGAGACGCGUUUGGCUCGACCCGUUUCUCAUCGAAGAGCACGAAGUCACAAACCUGCAGUUCCAGCUUUUCACUAACAUCACACACUAUGCUACAGAGGCUGAGCGGUUUGGAGAGUCGUUUGUGUUUGAAGGACUGCUCAGUGAAGAAGUGAAGAGCUCUUUGACUCAUGCGGUUGCUGCUGCCCCCUGGUGGUCACCAGUUAAAGGCGCAGACUGGAGACAUCCAGAAGGUCCUGAUUCGUCUAUAACACCCAGGAUGGACCACCCGGUGCUGCAUGUGUCCUGGGCUGAUGCUCAGGUGUACUGUGAGUGGGCGGGGCGCAGGUUACCCACCGAGGCUGAGUGGGAGUUCGCCUGCAGAGGAGGGCUGCAGGACAGGUUGUACCCGUGGGGGAAUAAACUGAUGCCCAGAGGGCAGCAUUACGCAAACCUGUGGCAGGGAGAGUUCCCUGAUCACAACACAGCCGAGGACGGAUUCACUCAGACAUCACCGGUGAAGAGGUUUCCUGCAAAUGCUUUCGGUCUCUAUGACAUGGUGGGAAAUGUGUGGGAAUGGACAGCAGACUGGUGGAGUGUCCAUCACACCCGGGACCACAAACACAACCCGAAAGGGCCAGAAACAGGAAGUGACAGAGUGAAGAAGGGUGGAUCCUAUAUGUGUCACAAGUCGUACUGUUACAGGUACAGGUGUGCUGCUCGGAGUCAGAACACUCCUGACAGCUCGGCGUCUAAUCUCGGUUUCCGCUGUGCAGCUGCUACCACACUGUGACCUCUGACCUCUUACACACUCUGCCUUUCUGUUAAUGAUGUGCUCACAGUGUAAGCAGCAGUGUAAUGAGGGUUUUUUUUUUUUUAAAUUCAGUGUUAAUAAUGUAAUUAAUUUUUAGAAUAAAACCACACCCUGAACUGCAUUCGUAUCUGCUGUAAUUACUUUAUUUCAGUUUCUGAUCAUGAAGUGGAUUUUUUUUUUUCCCUUUAAUACGGAGUGACGGGAUAAGCAGAGGCGAUGUACUUCUUUCCUUCCCCGUAGGUGUUUUUGUCCCAGGUAUACGUCUGGAUGGUCUGCUGAUUUCCUCCAAAACUCAGACGACAGCUAAAACACACACACACACACACACACACACACACACACACACACACACACACACACACACACACAGUAAACUCACAGGUGAGAGAUCAUUCAGCCGUACAGAGGCAGGAGCAGGAAUGUCAGUGUGACUCACUGUUUUCCGGGUCGUGUGACGUAACACAGUGUGUACACGGCCAGGUCAAACUCAGGACUGGACCCAAUCAGAGCAGAACCAAUCGAUUUAUAAUAACCAUCCCACAUGAACUGUGUCCCCAGAACAUCAGGAUAUGACGUCCACUGAGAUGAGCGAGAGUCACAGGAACACACACACACACACACACACACACACAGUCUGUAUUUAAUUUACAUUAUUCUCUAUAAUCCACUUUAACCCUUGUGUCCUGAUGAUUCUGUUAAUGUUCAUUUGCUUAUUAAUUUUUCCUUUUGUUUUCCAACUAAUAACACUGUAGAUCCUACACACAUGAUAUCAUUUGUUCCAUAACAAACUGUUAUUUUUGUUGUUUUAGAUGAGCUGACCUUCAA